GAGACAUGCCUCCCUCCGCCUGGCUCCUUAUAGCCCCGCGGAGGUAGGAAUCCCGGACGAGUGGUACGGACAUCGCCGACGGAGACCGCAAAUACGGAGCGGAGCGUUCCCCUUUAAACACGGUCUCAUGACUACAGACCGCUUCAGACUGAACCAGAGGCUGACAGCCCAGAACAGAAGAGGGGUUACUCAGUGACAGGAAGCCGGGCACACAGUGACUGACAGCCGGGGAAAGACGGGACACAGCUCCACUACAGAGGCUGAAUGGUUGGUGUCCAGCCAGAGAGAACAGCUGGAGUUAAACGGAUACUACCUCACCUGUCCGCAGGAUUGAGUUUUUUUGGGCCACGUGUUGCACCCUGUGGACGCUUCCUCUCCUGCAGCACUGAGGAGAUGUGUCGCCUGCCAGUGGCUUCACUUGUCAUUUGCUUCUGGUUGGUGGAGAGAAGCUACUGCAACAGCAGCCUUCAGGACAGCAUGAGAGAGCUGCACGCCAGGUUCGCCGUCAGCCUCUACCAGACACUCACAGAGACGGAGAACAACUCCAACUUGAUCAUGUCACCAGUUAGUGUCUCCUUGUCUCUUGCGCUGCUGCAGCUCGGUGCCAGGGGAAAUACGCUUGCUCAGCUGGAGGGAACACUGGGGUACAACGUGAAUGAUGCCCAGGUACAGGACUUCCUGUUGCACUCCCAGGGCAACAUGAACAACAGCAGCCAGGGCAUGUGGCUGCAGCAGGCCUGCACAUUAUUCGUCCAGAGUGGUGUCCAGCUCCUGCCCGAGUUCACACAGCAUGCAGCAGCGUGGGCCAACACCAGCGUGGUCCGAGCCAACUUAAGCCAGCCCAAUCAGACCCACCAGGAUGAGUCUUGGCAUCUGCAGGCGGGAAGCGUCAGUGGCGACCUGUCCGGCUCAGGCGAGGCCCAGGCAGAGGCUCUGUGGUGGGGACACCGGCUGCAGGUGGCGCUGGUCAACACAGUGGCCUUCAAGGGCGUCUGGCAGAAGCAGUUCCUGUUCACCAACACCCAGAACCUGCCCUUUGUCCUCUCCGAUGGGAAUGUGAUCAAGGUGCCCAUGAUGCAUCAGGCCGCAGAGGUUAGCUUUGGUCAGUUUAGGACGGCAUCAGAACAGCGCUACACCGUGUUGGAGAUGCCGUACCUGGGCCGCUCCCUGUGCCUGCAGGUGGUCCUGCCCAGUGAGAGGAAGACAACGCUGUCCUCCCUCGAGUCCCAGCUCACCGCACGCCAGCUGGCAUCCUGGGACAGUGGCCUGCGGAGAACCAAGAUGGACAUUUUCCUGCCAAGAUUUAAAAUGCAAAACAAAUUCAACCUGAGGUCGGUGCUCCCCGCUAUGGGCAUCAGUGACGCCUUUAACCCGACAGCAGCUGACUUCACUGGAAUAUCAGUUGAGGAGGGUCUUUAUGUGUCCGAUGCCUUCCAUGAAGUAAGAAUAGAAGUCACAGAGGAGGGGACAAAGGCAGCUGCUGCGACCGCUAUGGUGCUACUCAAAAGAUCCCGUGCUCCCGUUUUCAAGGCGGACCGGCCGUUCUUAUUUCUGGUUCGACAGAUUAAAACAGGAUCCAUCCUCUUUAUGGGCCGAGUAAUGAACCCAGCAGACCAAUCAUCUUAAGGCUGUUCUACUUAAACCACCACUCGUGUUCACAUCCACUUCUACAGCAGCCCGUUUCACUACCGGUAUUUAUUUGUGGACCAAAAGGAGGCUCCACGGACACUUCAGGAAGAGGGACGUUAUUUUUUGUACAUAUCUGUAAAUAAAAUUUUAAUGUUUUUACA